AUGGCCAAACACACGUUGGCGCUAACACAACUCCUGAGGGUCAUCGACUGUCCGCCGCCCGCGGAGGACCUCGAGUCUCCGAGGAGCCUGUGGAGCCAGCAGACCACGGCUGGCGCCGCAUGUUCCCCGGCGUCGGAGGGCCAGGGGUCCAGUGCCGCGGAUCUGCCGCUGGGCGACGACGUCGAGGCGGAGGGCAACGACCGUCCGCCGUCGGACGGGCAGGGGUUCAGGGUCGCGGACCUGACGUUGGGCGACGGCGCUGAUGCGGAAGACUGCCCAUCGCGCGCCCUGGAAGUCAGGAACACUUUCCUCACAAUUGUCGACGACAACGAUGCUCCCAUCCCCCUGCGCCGCACCGUCUCCUCACCGGUGCAGUUCUGCUACCCCUGA